AUGAAGUUGGUACUACCAAGAGGUCCUUUGCCCAGAGCUUUAAUCUUCUUUCAAAUGUAUCUGGUGUUGGUUACACAUGGAAGCGAUUAUCGACAGGGUCACUUUCAAGCAAUACCAUCCCUGGAAAAUUAUAUUGUCAUGGAUUCUGCUUUGUGGGUUCGAGGGAACGUCAGAGGUAUAAGUCGGUGCACCCUGAUGUGUUUGGCGGACGAGUCUUGUGGGUCUUUUUUCUACAACACUGUCACUGGGAGCUGCAUCGGGCACAGCAACGUUCUUACAUGGACGGCAACUGCUUCUGCAGCCUCGGGUUCUGUUUACUACAAAAGGAACGUACAAUCUGGCACCUCACCUGGCGGUUAUCCAGUGCCCUCUUCAACACCAGGAACUACCAUUGCAUUGACUACAACUCCUCAAUCUUCAGCUACAACCCCAACUACCACCCCAACUGCUACAACCGUUACCAAAUCAACUACAACCUCCACAGCUUCGGUUAUAACUGCAAACAGCGUAUCAACAACUAAAUUCACAACUCUAACCAACUCAGCAACAGUUACUACCAGCCUAAUUAGAAUCAUUACACCUACUCCAACAACUACGUCUCCGACAACUACGACUACUGGUAGAACAAUAACAACCACAACCCCCACAACGUCCACUUCAAUAAAUAUAUCAAUGUCCACUACGACGACCACGACCACGACCACGACCACCAUAACUACCACACCUGAUACUACAACCAAAACAGUUACAACUGCGACCACAACCACUACAACUACAACUACGACCCCUACAACUACAACUACCACUACGACCCCUACAACUACCACUACGACCCCUACAACAACUAUAACUACCACUACCACUACAACUACUACUACCACUACAACUACAACUACAACUACAACUACCACUACCACUACGACUACGACCCCUACCACUACAACUCCGAUAGCAACAACUACAACCUCUGUCAUUGCAUCGGAUCCUGUUCCCUUCGUGUACCACCACUACACCCUAUCCUGGGACGCGGCCCGUGUCGUAUGUCAGAACAAUGGAGGGGAUCUUGCCUCCCUGGACUCUGCACAGCGACUGCAAGACGUCAUGGACUUUUUCGAUGAUUAUCGAUCGAAGGGGAAUUCUGUCUACAAUUCUGUGCAUGCUGGCAUGAAACGAAGCCCCUCCGACAAUGUACUCUACUGGAACAGUGGCAACACCGUUGGUAGCAUCACCGUCUGGGCACCGGGCUACCCGAUUUCAUCGGAGGGCUGUGGGUACACUUCACCAUUUGAAAGUUUCCAGAUGCGGACCGUGGCUUGCACCCAUCUUUUGGCCUUUCUGUGUGAAACAUCGGUCGUCACUACAACCACACAAGCCCCAGCCACAGUAUCGGAUCCUGUUCCCUUCGUGUACCACCACUACACCCUAUCCUGGGACGCGGCCCGUGUCGUAUGUCAGAACAAUGGAGGGGAUCUUGCCUCCCUGGACUCUGCACAGCGACUGCAAGACGUCAUGGACUUUUUCGAUGAUUAUCGAUCGAAGGGGAAUUCUGUCUACAAUUCUGUGCAUGCUGGCAUGAAACGAAACCCCUCCGACAAUGUACUCUACUGGAACAGUGGCAACACCGUUGGCAGCAUCACCGUCUGGGCACCGGGCUACCCGAUUUCAUCGCAGGGCUGUGGGUACACGUCUCCAUUUGAAAGUUUUCAGAUGCGGACCGUGGCUUGCACCCAUCCUUUGGCCUUUCUUUGUGAAACAUAGGUCGUCUUCACCAGUGCCAUAGUAGAUGAAAUAUAUUAGGUCCUACUCGUAUCACCACUACACAUUAUCUUUUCAUACAGCUCGCCGUGUAUGUCAAACAAUGGAGGGGAUCUUAAUAACCUGUACAACGACAAAAGAUGUCAUCUAGUU